UGUUGCAUGGUCUCCUGACGGGCGCUUCAUUCUCGUGCGUUUCUCCACAUGCUUAUAACUCAAAGAACGCCUUUGAUUGUCUAUUCUCAACCAGACUGGCGGCCAAGAUGACCUCCUCACCAUUUUCUCCCCUUGGGAACAACGUGUUGUCGCACCGAUGUCAAGAACACUCCUCCUUCGUCUCAGCCGUCGCGUUCGACGAGCUCCGUUGCGAUGGACGGACAUACCGCUUCGGUAGCGUAGGAGAAGACAACAAGCUCAUUCUCUGCGACUUUUCCUCUGGCGCUUUUCAUCGCCCCAAACAUCUCGGAGCACACCAUCCACGCAUAUCAAUGUCGUCUAGCAUUUCCCUCGCUUACCGCCGUGGUACGGGGUCGACGAUCCAACUCUCUGCGACGCGGUAUCAUCCUGCGCCUUCGAGGAAUGAAGUGUCAACUGUACAACCUGUAUUGGCUACGAACAGGGCCAUUACUCAGAAGCCAUGCCCUUGACGACAUGGUCUCGUAAUUAGUUGCUAUGCCCCCGUACCGCUCGCCCUGCUGCUGCUCUAGAAAACGUACGCCAAAAGACUUUCCAAAGUAGACCGCUUUCCCCAGGAGAGUCAUCGAGAGAAUCAUACCUUGAACCAAUCGUCUACGCUCUGCGCAUACAAACAAGCAAGAAUGUCCAUUGAACUUGGUUGAACUGGUC